UUUUUAAGAAUGUUUUUCCCUUCAGGUUUGGUGUUAGAUUGCUUUUCUUGUCUAUUAUGGCCCUGCCCUGUGUUUAAGAACAUGUUCUGACAUCUUUAUUUCUUUCCUGCUUUAGGAAUACAUACCGCAUGAUUGAACAGGAUGACUUUGAUAUCAACACCAGGCUGCACACUAUCGUUAGAGGGGAAGAUGAGGCAGCCAUGGUGGAGUCAGUAGGCCUGGCCCUAGUGAAGCUACCAGAUGUCCUUAAUCGCCUGAAGCCUGAUAUCAUGAUUGUUCAUGGAGACAGAUUUGAUGCCCUCGCUUUGGCUACAUCUGCUGCCUUAAUGAACAUCCGAAUCCUUCAUAUUGAAGGUGGGGAAGUCAGUGGGACCAUUGACGACUCUAUCAGACAUGCCAUAACAAAACUGGCUCAUUAUCACGUGUGCUGCACCCGAAGUGCAGAGCAACACCUGAUAUCCAUGUGUGAGGACCACGACCGCAUCCUUUUAGCCGGCUGCCCUUCCUAUGACAAACUUCUCUCAGCCAAGAACAAAGACUAUAUGAGCAUCAUUCGGAUGUGGUUAGGGAGCAAAGAGAUGGUCCGAGUGAUGCGGAAGAAGGGCAUUGAGCAUCAUCCCAAUUUUCGCGCAGUUAAACAUGUCCCAUUUGAUCAGUUUAUACAGCUGGUCGCCCAUGCCGGUUGUAUGAUUGGGAACAGCAGCUGUGGGGUCCGAGAGGUUGGCGCUUUUGGAACACCUGUGAUCAACCUGGGAACACGUCAGAUUGGAAGAGAAACAGGAGAAAACGUCCUUCAUGUCCGGGAUGCUGACACCCAAGACAAAAUAUUGCAGGCCCUGCACCUUCAGUUUGGUAAACAGUACCCUUGUUCGAAGAUAUAUGGGGAUGGAAAUGCUGUUCCAAGGAUUUUGAAGUUUCUCAAAUCAAUUGAUCUUCAAGAGCCACUGCAAAAGAAAUUCUGCUUUCCUCCUGUGAAGGAGAAUAUCUCUCAAGAUAUUGACCAUAUUCUUGAAACUCUAAGUGCUUUGGCUGUUGAUCUCGGUGGGACAAACCUCCGAGUUGCAAUUGUCAGCAUGAAGGGUGAAAUAGUCAAAAAGUAUACUCAGUUCAAUCCUAAAACCUAUGAAGAGAGGAUUAAUUUAAUCCUACAGAUGUGUGUGGAAGCUGCAGCAGAAGCUGUAAAACUGAACUGCAGGAUUUUGGGAGUAGGCAUUUCCACAGGUGGCCGUGUAAAUCCUCGGGAAGGAAUUGUGUUGCAUUCAACCAAACUGAUCCAAGAGUGGAACUCUGUGGAUCUCAGGACCCCUUUGUCUGACACUUUGCAUCUCCCUGUGUGGGUGGACAAUGAUGGCAACUGUGCCGCCCUGGCAGAAAGGAAAUUUGGCCAAGGAAAGGGACUGGAAAACUUUGUUACACUUAUCACAGGCACAGGAAUUGGAGGUGGAAUCAUCCAUCAGCACGAAUUGAUCCAUGGAAGCUCCUUCUGUGCUGCAGAACUUGGCCACCUUGUUGUGUCUCUGGAUGGGCCAGAUUGUUCCUGUGGAAGCCAUGGGUGUAUUGAAGCAUAUGCCUCUGGAAUGGCCUUGCAGAGGGAAGCAAAAAAGCUACAUGAUGAGGACCUGCUCUUGGUGGAAGGGAUGUCAGUACCAAAAGACGAAGCAGUGGGUGCACUCCACCUCAUACAGGCUGCGAAACUCGGCAACGCAAAGGCCCAGAGCAUCUUAAGAACAGCUGGAACAGCUUUGGGUCUUGGAGUUGUGAACAUCCUCCACACCAUGAAUCCUUCCCUUGUGAUCCUCUCUGGGGUCCUGGCCAGUCACUAUAUCCACAUUGUCAAAGACAUCAUCCGCCAGCAGGCCUUGUCCUCGGUGCAAGAUGUGGACGUGGUGGUUUCAGAUUUGGUUGACCCGGCCCUGCUAGGUGCUGCCAGCAUGGUUCUGGAUUACACCACUCGCAGGAUCUAUUAGCCUUCUGGGAAC